CUUAAACCACGGCUAAGUUCGCUAUGUUUAUUUAACAGCUGAUUUGAACGAAUUUUGUGUAAAAUCUGAUUUACAAUUUCACCGUGUAUAAUUUUUAAGCUGUAAAACACUUCACUUCCUUUUUCUGUGUCAUAUAGAAAUUCUUGCGUUGAUUUCUGGGUAAGAUAAAAAAUGCAAGAUGAGUGAGAACUUAAGAGAUGUUACAGAAAUAUCUUCGAAUGUUGAAGAAGAAGUGACCAAGCCAGAAAUAAACACUUAUUUAACCACAUCUGCGACACCAACACCGAAGUCCGAAGAAUCAGUUUCAUCUACCUCAAUUGAACCAAAAGAAUGCUCUCUUACUUCUACAGAACAGAAUGAGAAAACAGCGGAUGGUAUGACAUCAACGGAGGUCAAAGAAAAAGAAAUUACCUCUUCUAGUGAUACGAAUGCUGCUUGUACUAUACCAAGCACAAUCAUGACGAGUACAAAGGAAGAUGUAGAAGAUUGCCCCGUGAAAAUGCAAAAAGGAUCUUUGGAGUCCUCCACAGCUAUUGAAAACCCAAGAAAAGAACUUAGCGAAACUUCUAUAAAUCCUGCUGUCAUAGAACUAAAAGAAUGCACUUUUACUUCUACAGAACAGAAUGAGAAAAUAGGGGAUGGUAUGAAAUCAACGGAGGUCAAAGAAAAAGAAAUUACCUCUUCUAGUGAUACGAAUGCUGCUUGUACUAUACUAACCACAAUUAAGACGAGUACAGAGGAAGAUGUAGAAGAUUGCUCCUUGAAAAUGCAAACAGAUUCUUUGGAGUCCUCCACAGUAACUGAAAACUCAGGCAAAGAAUUUUGCGAAACUUCUAUAAAUCCUGCGGUCACAGACCUAAAAGAAUGCCCUCUUACUUCUACAGAACAGAAUGAGAAAACAGCGGAAAGUAUGAAGUCAACAGAGGUCAAAGAAAUAGAAAAAACCUCUUAUAGUGAUACGGAUGCUGCUUGUACUAUACUAACCACAAUCAAGACGAGUACAGAGGAAGAUGUAGAAGAUUGCCCCGUGAAAAUGCAAAAAGGAUCUUUGGAGUCCUCCACAGCUAUUGAAAACCCAAGCAAAGAACUUAGCGAAACUUCUAUAAAUCCAGCUGUCACAGAUGUUAACGAUGAAGCGAAUUCUUCUUCUCCAACAGUUUCCGCCGGUACGGAUGUGGAUGUGAACUAUGCGCAACACGUGACGUAUGAGGAAGAUGGCAGCGCCAUUUACACAGACCCCAAAACCAAAUAUCGCUACAAGUGGAGUGAAACUGAAAAUACUUGGCUCCCUUGCGACACGGCAAAGAAUGACUCUAAAGCAGAGACCACGGCCAACCCCUAUGAGAAUGAACACUACAAAUGGUGCAGCCGGACUGAAAAGUGGAUACCUAAAGUGCAAACGACAGAGACCGAACAUUACAAAUGGGAUGCUGAGAAGGGAGAGUGGAUACCAAAAGAUAUUGGUGCGCAAACAAAUCCAACAUCAAAGCCUGCUACUUCUGAUCCCGCAAAUGUGGCUUACGAUAUUGAUGAGGACGGAAAUCGCAUUUAUACAGACAAGGAUGGAACAGUCUUCUUCUGGGAUGCCACAAAGAAUGCUUGGUUUCCGAAAAUCGAUGAUGACUUUAUGGCGCACUACCAGAUGAAUUACGGCUUCAUAGAUAAUACCAGCGCGUCAGAGGAGGAGAAGCGGCGCAAGGCCGAGGAAGCUGAAAAGCUCAAAGAACUGGAAUUGCAGCGGAUGACUGAGGAGGCAAAAGCCGCUGCAGAAGAGACAGACGCAGCGUUAAAAGGAGCUGGUGACGCCACGACAACCACGAUUGCCGGUGCUAAGCGAAAAGCACAAGAGCCACCAAAAUGGUUUGAAUUGGAUCCUGAGCACAACACAAAAGUUUACGUUUCCAAUUUGCCGCUGGACAUCACAAUGGAUGAGUUCGCGGAACUUAUGGGUAAAUGUGGUAUGAUAAUGCGCGAUCCACAGACGCAAAAGUAUAAACUUAAACUAUAUGCCGAGCCGGAUGGGCAGUUGAAAGGGGAUGGCUUGUGUGACUACAUAAAAGUGGAGUCUGUGGGCCUGGCUUUAAACAUCUUGGAUGACUACAACCUGCGCGGUCAUAAAAUUCGUGUUCAACGUGCCGAAUUUCAAAUGCGUGGAGAGUAUAAUCCAGCAUUGAAGCCGAAACGAAAGAAGAAAGACAAGGAGAAAUUGCAGAAAAUGAAGGAAAAGCUUUUUGAUUGGCGACCGGAAAAGAUGCGCGGCGAGCGAUCAAAAAAUGAGAAGGUGGUUAUUAUUAAAAACCUUUUUGAUCCGACUAUUUUCGAGAAGGAAGUACAACUCAUAUUGGACUAUCAGAACGAGUUGCGCGAAGAGUGCAGCAAAUGUGGUACAGUUCGCAAAAUUGUCAUUUAUGAUCGCCAUUCUGAAGGUGUCGCACAAGUUAAUAUGGCUGAUCCUGAAGAAGCCGAUGUGGUUAUACAAAUGAUGCACGGACGGUUCUUUGGCCAACGGAAGUUGACUGCAGAGCAUUGGGAUGGAAAGACGAAAUACAAAAUUAUUGAAUCUGAGGCCGAGGUACAGAAACGACUUAACAAUUGGGAUCAAUAUCUAACACAGGAGGAAAAUGAACGCAAAGAAAAUGCAUCAAAGCCGGACGAUGCAAAGGCAGAAGGCGAUAUGCUAUGUGACAAUGAAGAUAUUCAAUGCGGCGUAUUAGAAGAAAACUCUAAAUCUGCUUGCAGCGAUGUGAAAGCGUUGGAUAAUGAUUAAUUUCAUAGAUCGACAAGAAAAUCCAAACUGACGCUAACUACUACUGAUUUUUAUGCAAAGUCCGGACUCAGUUUCUUCGAUUUUUUAGGAGACUCC